AUGGGAAACCCUGUUUCAAGGCUUGGCUGCCUGGGGGAGAGGAGGAGCCGCACACGCGGCAGCCCAAGACCUCACAGCAGCCCCAGGACCCGGGGGGAUCUCUCUCCAUCUGUAGCUCCUCCUCGGGGCCCACUUCCACCAGGGAUCCCCUGGGCCUGGUGGGGCUCUCAUGCUGUCCAGGUGACAGAGGUCACAGAGACCGUGGUGACAGAGACAGUAGUGACCGAGGCCGUGGAGAUGGGGCCCUGCAGGCAAAGAGGGCAGCUGGUUCAGGUACCUCUAGCGCCCCUGGACACGCUGUGCAGCUGGAUGGAUGGCAUGGAGGAACUGCAGGCCUCGCAAGGACCCCUGGCUGCAGAUGCUGCUUUGGCUGCUUCCCAGCUGCGGGAACAAGAGCUGCUCCUGCGGCUGCUGAGAGAGCGUGCGCCACACACGGAGCCAAGAUUGCAAGAGGCUGGGAGCCCGUCAGAGCUGUGCGCACAAUGGCACCGCCUAGUACAGCAGGCAGAAACCAGGUGGAGGCUCCUGAAGCAACUUGUCCCAGCAGCCCAGAGCUUUGAAACAGCCUGUAAGACUCUGCUGGUGCAGCUGGGCCUGAGUGAACAGCUCCUGGCUGAGUUGCAGCUGGGGCCCAAGAGCCCCGAGGAAUCAUUGCAGAACCUCCAGGAGGUGUGUGAGGGGGUUGCAGCACGUGCCAAAGGCUUGGAAAGGGUUUUGGAGACUGGCCGGAGGCUGGCGGAGCUUCUCACUAGCGACCAAGCUCAGCUGGUGCGACGGCAGCUGGAUGGAUUCCAGGAGCGUGUAAGGCUGACUGAGGAGCAAGUCGCCUGUGCCCAGCAGAAGCUGCUAUAUGCUCAAAGGACAGCGUCCUCCAAGCCCUCACCGGCAGCAGGCCUGGAGGCCCAGCUUGGACCAGAAGGGUCUGUCUCAGCACAUCCUGGGCUCAAGGAUCCGAAGCAGCUGAGUGUCCAGCUGGCCCAGCUAGCAGAGCGGCUUGAACAGCUGGCACAGUGGGCAGAGACUUCCAGUCAGGCAGCAGCAACCACAGUGACCAUCUGGGAACCGAGCCUUUCAUCAGCCAUGCUUCAGACAGAUACGAAGCCCCUGGAGGGGCACUGGUUAGAGACUCAAGAGCAAGACACUGGGCAGGAGGCCAUAUGGGAGCCAGCUGUGCAGAUCUUGUGUGGCCUGGCAGAGCAGGGAGCCAUCGAGGAGCUGAGGCCUGAGGGUGACUGGAACCCAGCCUUCCAGGAGUUCCUGUGGGGACAGCAAACCCUGGCGGUGUCAUGGUUGAGGAGGCAAGGAGACACUGUCCAUGGGAGCACCUGCCCCUUGGACCUACUGAUAGACCUGCUGGGCUGCCAUGCUGCCCUGUCUAGCCCCUCCUGUGAGAGGAUGCACGCCCUGGAAAGGAUGCUGCUGCUUGUGGGCCACCUCGUAGAGAAGCUGGUCCUGUGCCCCCAUAGGCUGAGCCAGGCUGAAACCUUACAGACCAAGGUGGUACAAGCCCAAAGCUGGGUGCUAGAGGAGCUGCCUGGGGCCCUGAGCCUAAAGCGCUGGACUCAAGCCUCGAGGGAGGUCCUGGCUCUGAGGAAUCUUGACCAGGGGCCGCCUGGGGACCUGGGGAGUAGAGCUAAGGCUUGCCUCCUGGGGAAGAUUCCAGAAGAACUGAGCUGGAGGCCGUGGUGGGCAGAGGUCGUCAUGGCUAACUGGAGUCCUAGGAAGCCAGAGCAUAGCAAGAGGAACCAGGAGAAAAGGGAUCAGUGGGUACAGCUGGAACAGGGUCGCCAGGAACAGGACCUUGUGGACAGCUUCCUGGCAGCUGGGGAGCAGGACAGCGAUGGACAAAACUGGCCUGGCUGUACCUGGGGGAAGUGUGGGCCUCACCACAAGCUCCCCAGUGGCCAGAAACAGCCAAACAGCCUGAUCAGGUCAAGAAACACGGAAGGGACAAGUACACCAGUGACCAGGGCCAGGCCCAGGGUCCAGGGAGCCUUGGCAGCACGAGGAGCCCUGAUGGUUCGAGUUGGAGGUGGCUGGGCAGCUCUGGAUGAAUUUCUGGUAAAAAAUGACCCAGUCAGAGCAAAGGGGAGAACCAGCCAGCAGAUCCACGAAAGGUUCCUGUGCUGGACUCCUAGUGUGCCAGCCCCUGAGGUCAUCACCCUGAGGCUCUGGACCUCCAUCCGAAUGGGCUCUAGCAGACCCCUGUCUCAGAAGACAGGGCUGCCAACCGGCAAAGAACACAGAGACCCUAGCUCCUACAAGGUGAAAACCUCAGAGCAGCCCACUGAGGAGAAACCGUGA